UGACGUCACUACCUAAGGGAGAAAGAUAAAGAAUAAGAAGUGUAGAAAUUUUAUUGUGUCGUGGUGUCGAAAAAAAAUAAAAAUAAAAUAAAUUUCAAUAAGAUUACACGAUUGCAUUUAAAAAUUUAAAAAAACAAUAAUUUAAAAUGUCGUACGCAUAUCUUUUCAAGUAUAUAAUAAUUGGCGAUACUGGUGUUGGUAAAUCAUGUCUACUAUUACAAUUUACUGAUAAACGUUUUCAACCAGUACAUGAUCUGACAAUUGGAGUCGAAUUUGGUGCACGUAUGAUAACUAUUGAUGGCAAACAAAUUAAAUUACAAAUUUGGGAUACGGCAGGACAAGAAGCUUUCCGUUCAAUAACAAGAUCAUACUACCGUGGAGCAGCUGGUGCUCUACUAGUUUACGACAUAACGCGUCGUGAGACAUUUAAUCACUUAACAACAUGGUUGGAAGAUGCAAGGCAACACUCAAACUCAAACAUGGUAAUUAUGUUGAUUGGUAACAAGAGUGAUCUCGAUGCACGGCGAGAAGUCCGCAGAGAAGAGGGUGAGGCGUUUGCACGUGAACACGGAUUAGUUUUUAUGGAAACUAGUGCCAAGACAGCUGCCAAUGUUGAAGAGGCAUUCAUAAAUACUGCCAAAGAAAUUUAUGAAAAAAUUCAAGAAGGCGUCUUUGAUAUCAACAACGAGGCUAAUGGAAUAAAAAUAGGACCACAGCAUUCACCAACAAGUCCCGGAGGUUUAUCAGGAACCGGCGGUCAAGGUAAUGCACAAGGCGGUGGUUGUUGCUAGGGUAUGAGAGUUACAUGUCCACCAAUCAAUUAUCCUUCAAUAUAAAAAAAUAUAUACAUUUAAAUGUCUCAUUCCUGCUCUUGAAUAAUUAUAUUUAUAACAAAUAUACAAUUAAAUCAUCUACCACUUAAUUGUACAAUUAAUCUUUAAUUAUAUUGUUUUGUCGCAUCCCCAGAUAACGAAUCGUCAUAAAUUAAUAUCUUUAUUUUAAUUUAACUAACUAUUUAAAUAUUAAUUUUUUCCAUUAAGUUCUGUACAUAAAUUCCAAAUCAUUUAAUAUUCAAUUAGCUGUUGUAGAAAUUAUUACUAUUAUUAAUACUAUCAUUAUAUGUAUCUUGUAGUUAAUGAUUAUUAUGUUAUAUUAAUAGUAACAAAUAACAAUAUUCAUACCAGCGCGCGCUUAACGCGCCGUUAAAUAAAUCUGAUUACGUGUUACAUAAAUUUUUACCACUUUAAUAAUUUAUGUUACACAAAAAUAAAAUUAAAAGUCUAAUGACUUUUCACUUGAUAAAACUUUGUGUUGAUAAUUAUUCAUUAAAUUUAUAAAGUUAAGUGCGUUAAUGAGCAGGAAUGACACUUACUCGCUCAUCUCAAUGACAUGAUGUAUAUGUAUUAAUGGUAUACAUAAUUAAUUAUUAUUAUUAUUAUUAAUAUUAAUAUUAAUUUCAAUUGUGAAUUAUAUAAUCUUUUUAUUAAUUAGUAUAUUAUUUAAAACUCUGCUUAAUUAAAUAAACAAAAGCCUAAUCCAUGCUGCUGUCAAAUUUAAAUUCAAUGCAGAGUUCAUUUUUUUAAAUUAAUUAAUUAAUUGUUUUAAAUACAAAUGAUUUUUUACCAUAAGAGAAUCCGAUGAUAAUUAAAAUAAAUAAUAAUACUAAGGUAUGAUUAUUUAUUUUAAUUUAAAUAAAAGAUAUCGUUAUAAUAUAAAUAAUUGCAAGUAUAUAUAUGACAAAUGAUAAUGGAUAUAAAUAAAUAUAUAUGACAGAUGAUGAUUAAAUGUAAAAUGUGCUUAUUGGAAUUUAAAUACGCACAUGGUUUGAUUGUAUUUGCUUUUAAGACUAGUCAAAAUAAUUAACAUCAUAUAUAUAUUAUAUAAAUAUGGAAAAUGAAUUCUUAUUACUUGUAACUUAAUAUUAUUACUAUUAUUGUAAUAUCUUGAGGUAUAAUUAUGAUUUUUAUUUUAAAAUAAAGACUUAUAGGUACAAAGAACGUAAAGGUAAAAAAAAUUAUUACUAAAAAUAAUAAAUUUUAAAUAAAGUAAAAUCUUAAAAAGCUUUUAAUUAAGACAAUU